AUGCCACGGCUGAGCCGGACACCCAGUAACAGUUCCAACACCUACAGCCAGACACCGCAAAGCGCCAUGUCCUACUACCAUCACAGCCGGGUGCCGUCGAUUUCCGGAUCCUACUACGAGCAGCAACUGCCCGACAACAGUGCCGGACCGUCUGCAUUCCAAGAUCCCUUUGCCGUGAGCCUGCCGCUGACGAUGCCGCCGGCGACGAUGGGCAUGGGCACGGCGACGCUGGCAGGCGGUACACCUGGGGGCAGUGGAGGAAACAGGGGCAGUGGGACGAUGAGCAGCUUCCCGCUGCACCACCCUCGCUCGUCGUCGGGGGCCUGGAGCCCGCAGGACGACGACGCACUGCUGCAGGCACGGGCGCGGGGCGAGAACUGGGCACAGAUCCACACGCAGUUCCAGGGGAAGACGGCCAACGCGUGCCGCAAGCGACACGAGCGGUUGAUGGAGCGACGCAACGCGGACGACUUUGACACGCGCAAGAUGGAGAACAUUGCACGGGAGUACAUGACGAUGCGUCGUGAGAUCUGGCAGGGGCUGGCACAGCGGACGGGCGAGAAGUGGACGACGGUGGAGCAGAAGUGUCUGGCCAGCGGGCUGAAGAACCUGCAGAGCGCGUCCCGGUCAGCCCACCGGCGUGAGCGGCUCGAGUCAGGCUAUGCGAUGGGAGGGGGGGGUGGAGGCCACGGGUACGAAGACGAGUCUGGCGGUAGCGGUGGAGGGAUGAGUCCCAGCGACGACGUGGACGUGGAGGCGAUGGGCAGCUCUCCGGGAGGCAGUGUGACGGGCAGCGGCAACCGGUCAGUGGCCAGCAACAGCAGCGGCAGUGGACGGUCGCUGCAGCCACUCCACCAUGGGCUUCAGCUGCAGCAGGCGCAGCCACGUCGCCAUCAGCACAGCAGCAGCGUCGGGGCGCAACCGCAGCCUCUGCAUCACCAUCGCAUGCAUCAGCAGCCGCACAUUCAUGCGCCUCCCCCGCCACACGUGACGAUGGCUCCGGCCGUGCAGGAUGUCGGGUCGCCGGGCGCGUACCAGGACUACUACUCGACCCAGGCCGGCUUCUCGAACUCGCUGCGGUCGAUGGGCGUAGCCCAUGCUCCACACCAGCAGCACCACCAGUCACAUCACCCGCACCAGCAGCAGCAGCACCAUCAGCAGCACCACCAGGGUGUCAGCCAGUACGUCACGCACGGUUUUUCGGGUGGCGACCGCAUAUCGGCAGCCGACAUGGGCAUUGCAUCACUCCUUGACCGGGGCUCAUCACGUGGCCCGCUUCAGUAA